AAAGUCAGGGCCAGGAGGCCAGACCAGAGAAGGAAUUAGAAAGGCAAACACGUGUUUGUGGCAACUCCCUUCUCCAUGGACCUGUGCCCAGGUCUGACCCAGACGCAGGGUGGCCACAACUUGUGUACCAGGGCAGCAUCCUGCCGUAGCACAGUCGGGGCCAGGAGUGAGGGAUAAUUGCUCACCCAGCAUAGAUAAUAUCUGGAAGGAAUGAAUAUUUGGGAAAAGUCCCAGUGCUAGUUGCGUGCCAACCAGUCCCCACCUUCUCCGGCCCCCUCCCACUGGUUCCUCCCCUUUUAGCUGCUCUGAUUCUUAUAAAAACUCCACAGCCUUUCACCAACAGCCUGUAGGAGCCUCUCUCCCCACCGCUGCUGCACGAGACGGUGAGAGCAACCCGGAGACACCAUGAAGAGCCUGCUCCUUCUGUGCAUCCUGGCUGCCUUGGCCGUGGCAGCUCUAUGUUAUGAAUCUCAUGAAAGCUUGGAAUCCUAUGAAAUCUAUCCCUUCACUAACAGGAGAAAUGCUAAUACCUUUAUAUCCCCUCAAGAGAGAUGGAGAGCAAAAGCCCAAGAGAGAAUCCGAGAACGUAGCAAGCCUGCAUAUGAGUACAACCGGGAAGCUUGUGAUGACUUCAGGCUUUGCGAACGCUACGCCAUGGUUUACGGAUACAAUGCCGCCUACAACCGUUACUUCCGGCAGCGUCCAGGGGCCAAAUGAGAUUGGAAGAAGUCUCUUUCUUUCCCCAGAGCCGGGUGCCUGGUUUUGUAUUCCCUUGCAGUAGCAUCACUGAACUAUAUAGACACAUAGGAAUUGCUUAAUUGUUCCUUAAAUGUUCUUGUCUGGCUGCACCCCUCUUUCCUGCCCCCAAGUUGAAAAGUAAUGAAAGUGCAGUGGAGUGAAGGUCAAAGGGAAGUUAAGAUGUGUGAUUAUUCCUUAAUAAACUUCUGGUUGGAUAUU